UUGAAAAGGAGCAACAUCCCAGUCAAUGGUGGGCCAACAGGCACUAGUUUGGGUCUGUCUUACAUCUGGACUGAUUGGAUUAUAUGCAGCAGUGGUGAGACCUCAGCAAAGAGGCUAAAAGUGCACGGUGCACGUAAAAAUUUGAAGAACUUGUGUGGACUGUCAGAGGAAGUGCAUUUACCUUGCUGAAGACACUGCAAGUUAGUGUUCACAAAUGAAGGGGAGCAUCUCCAAAGACCCACGGAAAGGCCAGGAGAGUCUGUUUUAAAUAACUCUGCAGGCCAAAGAAAGCAAGGAUGACAUUUGCUGCCCUGUUAACAUCCCUCAUGCACUGAAUUGGGUGAUGGUGGGAAGUGGGAGAGAUGAUUUAGAGGUUUCCUUGAAUCAGCAGUGCCCCAGAAAACGUUUCCCUUCCUGAGACUCCAGGGAAGUCUUGGAACGCAAAGAACUUGAAGAGGGAGCCUGGCCAAAUAGAGAUUUUUGAGCCUUGGUAGGAUUGCUGAAGCAGAUUUUUAGCACAAACACAAAUCAAAGUCUUUGUGUACUUAAAAGCAGCAUUUUCAUGAUAGAACUAAGAAAUAUCAAGAUUUAAAACCUAAAGGCCUUGGAAUACUCAGAAGAGCAACAUGGCAGAAAUUGAGAAAAGAAUUGAAACCCAUAGAAUAAGAUGUCUUUCCAAGUUGAAGAUGUUUCUUCUGGCAAUAACAUGUGCAUUUGUAUCCAAAACACUCUCUGGAUCUUAUAUGAAUUCCAUGCUCACACAAAUAGAGAGACAAUUCAACAUCCCUACAUCUCUAGUUGGAUUUAUUAACGGGAGCUUUGAGAUUGGAAAUCUUUUGUUGAUUAUAUUUGUGAGUUAUUUUGGAACCAAAUUACAUAGACCUAUACUGAUUGGUGUCGGAUGUGUGGUUAUGGGCCUAGGGUGUUUCUUACAAUCUCUACCUCAUUUCCUCAUGGACCGAUAUGAAUAUGAAUCUACAGUUUCAGUUUCAGGCAAUUUGUCCUCAAACAGUUUCUUGUGUAUGGAAAAUGGAACCCAGAUUUUCAGACCAACAGAAGAUCCAUCAGACUGUGUGAAAGAAGUGAAAUCAUUAAUGUGGGUGUAUGUACUAGUAGGAAAUAUCAUACGUGGAAUUGGCGAAACUCCCAUAAUGCCUUUGGGUAUUUCCUACAUAGAAGAUUUUGCCAAAUCUGAAAACUCUCCUUUAUAUAUUGGGUUUGUAGAAACAGGAGCUAUCAUUGGUCCUUUGAUUGGACUUUUGCUAGCAUCAUUCUGUGCAAAUGUUUAUGUUGACACUGGAUCUGUGAACACAGAUGAUCUGACCAUAACUCCCACUGAUACUCGUUGGGUUGGUGCAUGGUGGUUUGGCUUUUUGAUUUGUGCAGGAGUGAAUGUGCUCACUGCCGUUCCUUUUUUCUUUCUGCCCAAAACGCUUCCAAAGGAAGGACUAAAGAAUAAUGCAGACAUCAUUAAAAAUGAGAAAGAAGAGAAACAAAGCAAAAAAGUCAAGAAGGAAAAGGAUGGAAUCACUAAAGAUUUUUUACCAUUCAUGAAAAGUCUUUUAUGCAACCCAAUUUAUAUGCUUUUCAUACUAAUUAGCAUUGUACAGUUCAAUGCAUUUGUUAAUAUGUUCACCUUCAUGCCUAAAUAUCUGGAACAGCAGUAUGGAAAAUCAUCUUCAGAUGCAAUCUUUCUAAUUGGCAUUUAUAACUUACCUCCAAUAUGCAUUGGAUAUAUAGCUGGUGGUUUAAUUAUGAAGAAGUUCAAGAUUACUGUCAAACAAGCUGCCCACAUAGGAUGUUGGUUAUCUUUAAUUGAGUAUCUUCUCCAUUUUUUGUGUUUUCUCAUGAUCUGUGAUAAUUCUUCAGUUGCUGGCAUAACCACCACUUAUAAAGGAAUGCAACAAGAUUUAUAUGUGGGAAAUGCCAUCCUUGCUGAUUGUAACAGGGAUUGCAACUGUCCAACUAAAACAUGGGACCCUGUGUGUGGAAACAACGGUGUGUCAUAUAUGUCAGCUUGUCUUGCUGGUUGUGAGACAUCUGUUGGAGCAGGAAUAAAUAUGGUGUUCCAAAAUUGUAGCUGCAUUCAAACAUCAGGAAAUGCAUCUGCAGUUCUUGGUCUGUGUGACAAAGGACAUGACUGUUCCAUGAUGCUUCAGUACUUUUUAAUCUUGUCAGCAGUUGGCAGUUUCAUUUAUUCUUUAUCUGCCAUACCUGGAUAUAUGGUUCUCCUAAGGUGCAUCAAGCCUGAAGAGAAGUCUCUUGGUGUGGGGUUACAUACAUUUUGCACAAGAGUAUUUGCUGGAAUUCCUGCACCUAUAUAUUUUGGAGCUUUAGUGGAUUCCACAUGUUUACAUUGGGGAAUUUUGAAAUGUGGUGAGUCAGGGGCAUGCAGGAUAUAUGAUUCUACCAACUUCAGAUACAUCUAUCUUGGUUUGCCAUCAGCUCUAAGAGGAAUAAGCUAUAUUCCAGCCUUUUUAAUCCUAAUUACUUUGAAGAAACGUCGUCUACCUGGUGAAAAUGUCUCUUCAGGAACUGUGCUUAUAGAGGCAAAAGUUGCAGGGAAGGAAAAUGACUGCAAAGAUAUGCACCAAAAUUCCAAAGUCUUGAAUGAUGAUGAACUGAAAACUAAACUGUGAUGCCCUAUUAUAUCAUGUUUCCCAGAGUUGGAGAAUUCACUACAACUUAAAUGUUUUUAAAAUCAAUAGGGAUACAGAGGGUAACUUUUUCUUAUCUUUAUGAACCUCAAGUUUUGGUGUCUUUUGUUGUUGUUGUUUUUGCUCAAGAUAAAAAAAAAAAAGGUUCAGUGAUGGUAUUUCUGAGGCAUCCAUGACACUUGAGAUUUUUCUCAGAGGGACACUUAUAAUAAUUUUCAAAACAGCAUAUUAGAGCCAGCUUUAUUUUUUAUGUGAAAAUAGCAAUUUCUCUUUAAACUCAUGUGAAAUGAGAGUAUAUUUCCCAUAUCGCCUUUUCCAAAUGAUUCUAAAAAUUUCCUGUUAUAAACAUCUAUUUAAUUCCAUCAAACUUCUGAUUGAUACUGAGGUUAUUUAGAGACUAAAAUUCUUAUCUUGCUUACAUGAAUAUUUACUUUAUUCAAAUGUAUCACUUUUGUAUGAAAGAAGCCCACACCUUCUAAUUCUAGGAAUUUUCUUUAACUUUUCCUAUUGCUUUCAGACAUGAUUGUUUUAAAAUCAAUUACUCAUUAAUAAGCCAUCACUUGCUCACAAUUUGUUCCCAGCUUUAUUACUCAAGCCCUAUACUUGCCCAUUUUGUUCAGAAUACUGAAAAACUAAGUCAGGUUAUUAAAAAACAUGUAGCAAAGAUUGUUGGAUUUUUUUUUAAGCAAUUCAAACCUGGUGACUAAACUCUGAAAAACAAGUGUCUGAGUCAAAGGAUGAAAGGAUGAUAUUAGAAAAACUCUUUAGCAUCAGGCAUUGUUGAGGGAACUUUUCCCAAACUCAGGAGACUUUCUGAAAUCAAUGUUUAUCCUAUCCAUGGUGUCCAAAGUUAGAACACAAUAUAAUUUUCCAUAAUUCAUCUUAGAGAAUGAUGCCUUUAAAAAGUAGCUUCUGUUAUGAAACUGGGUUAAUAAAAUUCAAGAUACACAUUUAAAACUAAA